UCAAUCGUGCUCAGUGCCCGGCGAGCCGCCGUCGAGGACGGUCGUGUGCGGCCCCCCUCCCCCCCGCGCUCGCGAUGUGCCACGUGAAUUAUUCCGAGUGUGUGUUGUGCUGGUUUGUGUGAAUUUUGAGCAGGACGGUGAUUGGUCGGGAUUGGAUGGCUGCGUUCAAGAUGAUGUCUGUGGCUGGCGUGGUGGUGCUGGCGCUGGCUCUGGGCGGGGCGCGGGGGACGCGGGGUGGCACGGGCUGCGGGGGGCACCUGCAGGGCCCGCACGGCGUCAUACAGACGCCCAACUUCCCCGACGCCUUCCCCGUGCCCAUCCGCUGCAAGUGGGUCAUCUCGCACGCCACGCCCAACGGCACCAUCUCCAUCUACUUCACGCAGCAGUACACCACGAGCGGCCUCACCUUCACCGAGUACAUCUACUACGAUGACUCGUACAAACUCGGGGAGAGGCCGGCCUUCACUGUUACUGAGGAAAACAUCACGAGGGUUAAGUGGCUACAGGUCCAAAGUCCAUACCUAGUAGUGGAGUUAUCCUUGGAUGCCCUGGAAGGCACCCAGCUGCGGGCGCUGGGGCUACUAUCAGUGUUUGGUCUGAACAUUACGUACGCGGUGACCCCUCCCCCCGCGCCCGUCCCGCCCGCACCCUCACCCCCUGCCUCGUCCUGCAGUGCGCUUGAGUGCCGCUUGCUCGGCCAUUGCUAUGCUACUUGGGAUUAUAGGCAGUUCUACUGCUCGUGCUUCGAGGGCUACUCGGGCGCAGACUGCGGCGCCGGCCCGCUCUGCGCGCCCAACAUGUGUAUGAACGGAGGCGUCUGCAGACAGAUGGGGCUGGCUGCAGUCAGCUGUAUCUGUGCUCCCGGCUUCAGCGGGGACCUGUGUGAGACGCAGAUACCACCCGAAUGCGGUAUUGAUGAAUGCCUGGAUGGCUGCCGAGACGAAAUGUCGUGUGACUGUAACCCGCGAGACAGCGACACAACAUCAGCCCGCUUCGAGACCAAAAUACAGGUGAUGGACCAUGUGAAUAACACAAACAUAUCGCAAGAAAUACUCACUCAUUUGACUGCAUACUUCAAAGCAUCAAAUAUAACGUUAGAUGAUGAAAUAGAAAUCUUAAAUUUAAGCUCACCCGACGCGUCCGGGGCGCGUUCAGUGGCUGUCCGCGUGUGGGGCGCGCGCCGCUCGGCCGCCGCCCUGCGCGCCGCCCUCGCCCGCCUGCCCGCCGCCCGCCGCUCGCGCCUGCGCGUGCUGCCUGCGCCCGCGCAUGUCGACAUGCAGCCGGCGCUUAGCUUGCAUGCCCUAACCGUUAACCAGCGUUCGGAAGUAUGGGAGGGGUCAGAGUUUAUACUGAGCUGUACUGCUUAUGGGUCUCCGGACACACGCUUCACCUGGUAUAAAGAUGGAGUGAAAAUUAACUUCAACGGAACUUUAAGAGACAUCUGGACGCGCACAGUCGCCGAAGACGCCCUCGGCCGCCGCAUCUCUGUGCUGGGCGUGUCGGAGGCGCGGGCGCUGGACGGCGGGCGCUGGGCGUGCGGCGCGGACGACGCCGGCCGCCGCCGCUGCCGCGCGCUCUGGCUCGCCGUGCUGCGCCCGCCCGAUGUGCGGCUGCUGCCCUCUACCUUGACUGUCAAUAAGGGCGACAACGUCAGCAUCACGUGUCUGGCGGGCGCGAGCCGCGUGCACGGCGCGCUGGGGUUCAGCUGGGCGCGCGAGCGGACGCUGCUGCCGCUGGUGCCGGGCCGCGAGGUGUGGGAGGACCUGUACCCGGCGGGGAGCGUGCUCAAGCUGUAUAAUGUACAGAAGUCAGGUGAGUACCGGUGCCAAGUGUCCUCCAUAGCUGGCACCACAGCCAAGAGCGUGGCUCUGUGGACCGUGGGAACCCACGACGAACACUGCGAGCACGGGGCGUCCAACGGAAUCAGAUGGCCGAAAACUGCUCCCGGCGCUUACGCGUCUGUAUCCUGCCCUACUGGAUAUGUUGGAGAAACUACUAGGUUUUGCGAACCGAAGAGCGUACAUUACGGAGUCAAAUGGAGAUUACCAGAUUUUUCGGGGUGUAUUGCAGAGUCUUUAAAAAAUAUCUAUGAACAGUUUGUAAAAAUUAAGUACGGCUAUUCUUGGGAAGAAGUCUCAUCAGUAGCUCAGAAGUACAGCGCAGUGCUUCGCUCCCUCCCAGCGCUGCCAGGUGAUGGUGCCAUCCCGCUCCAACACACGGCAGAUAUGCUUCACUAUCUCCACUCCACAGCGUCUAAGCCUAGAGAAGGAAAAAGAAGUGCUGAGCAUCUUCUAAAGAUCUACAAUACACUUUUGAAACACCCUGAUGCCUUUCUGGAUGAGCAGAAAACUUAUCAACUCCAGAACAAUCUGGUUGAAACAAUUGCCAUGAAAGCACACAUGCAUGAAGAGUUCCAAGAAUUCUUGGUAAUGUCCAAGCCAGUACAGGAUGACAAUGCAGCCCAUUUUAAACUUCCAUUAAAAAGUUCUGGUAACGAAGAAUGGAUAAUCGCGUCAGCUGGAGUUGAACUUGUGGAAAGGGCGGGAAAUGCCUCUAUUAUUGCAGUUUUGUAUAAUAAUUUAGCUUCGCGGCUUCCAUCUCUCAGGUCUUCUAUUGAAUACAAGAAUGGACGAGAAAUUGAAUAUCUUUUAUCAUCGCAACAAAUUCAAUUGUCAGCUACUGGAACUGAGGUCGAUACUUCUAUCCUCCAUACAGUUUCCUUAUUAUUCACACACAUCUACAAUUAUUCGGCUGUCGCUUCCAAGCUAGCCUGUGCCCUAAGAUCUCAAUCAGAGCCUGGAGCAUGGUACACCAAGGCUUGUGAAGUUCAAAUUCCGGAACCGAAAUACAUCACAUGUCGCUGCCAUGGACUCGGGACUUACGCUCUGUUCACAGUAGCCAGAUCAACUCUGACAGAAGCUGAAAAGGACCUACGUGGUGUCGUGAAGAUAACAGCUGGGAUCGGAGGAGCGAUGGGUUUGGCCGUGGCAGGACUACAACUACUUGGUCUUGUUGCCAAUAAAAAUGUGAAGCUGCCGAUACUGCUCAAAGCUACAACAGCUGGAACCCACUCCGCUGCAAUGCUGACGCUAUUGGAGUGUGACACUAGACAGGAGGCGGCGUGUCCGGGCGUGUGGGGCUGGGUGUGCGCGGCGUGCUGGUGCGCGGGGUGCGCGGCGCUGUGCGCGCAGCCGCUGCUGCUGCAGGCCGAGCUGGCGGGCCGCCCGCAGAACGCACCCACUGUUGGGCUGCUUGCUGGUGUAUGCAUCCUAGUCUGGCUAACCGCACGCCUCUGGGGAGGCCCCCCUCUUCAACUGGGGGCACCGGCCCAACUAGUCUGCGCGUGCGGCUCAAUACUACUGCUGAUUCUGUGCUUCGUCCUCGCCAUCUGCGCGGCUCUUAGACUGAGAACCAUCACUUACAAAGUUCCUGUGGAAAGGAGGAGCUAUUUAAAUGAUAGACAAAGAGUAAUCCGGCAUACAGUGAUGCUGCUGGUGACGACGACUAUGGCGCAGAUGGCCGGCAUAGCGUACGCGCAGCCGGGCGAGCGGCAGACCGCCCACGUGAUCUCAUUGGCUGUAGCCGCCAUUACUAAUGGCAUAGCGCUGGUGGUGUGCUACGUGGUCUGCGACGACGCGUGCCUGGUGGCGGCGCGGCGCGCGCUGUCGCUGGCUCCACACCGGGACUGGGAGGACGCCCCGGCUGCCGGAGACACUUCGCUUAACCUGUACAUAAAGCAAGGCGGCGAGGUGGAAAGCCGCGGCGGCGCGGUGGACAGCUCGUCCUCACAAAUAUCUCCUGUAGCCUCGUACUGGCAGCCACACCCUCUGGACAGUACUGAGGGCAUGUACAGGCGAAUGUCAACGCCGAGCAGAAGAGACUGUGAUAUAGUGAGAUGCGUUGAGUACGCAGAAUGUUCCGCGCGGCGCGUGAGCACGACCAGGGCUCUGUGCGACCUGGUACCACGCGUGCCGGCCUGCGCGCUGGACGUGCGGCCAUGCACGCCACACAACCACUGCGCGCUCUGCACGCGCUCCAACCCAGACGUCUCCACACCAGACCAGCAACCUAUAAAGAGUUGCCUAAAAAAGUCGAGCCUCCACCAAGAGUUCUCUUCAAGCACGUCUCUACCGUCUAUGGACGUUGAAAAGAAGUCAAACAUAGAACUAGUGAACAAACAGUGGAACAAGGCGUACGACUCGCCGGACACGGAGAAAGUUCUCAGUGAAAUAUCCAGUGAUUUAAACUUUUUGCUGAACAAACCAGUGAUUAGUAGUAAUGUUUUAGAUCAAAUAGAAGAAGCGCCGACUUAGGAGGUUACGUUAUUGUGUGUAGGUUUAAAAGUGUUGUGAAAAAGAACGGUGUCGCUAGUUGGUGUAGUAUCGUGGCUGAUUCUACAACAGAACCUAAAUUAAGAGCUUCAAAACCUAUUUCUUACGAUGUCCAUUUGGUACAGUUGACUCCAUAAGUAAUUACACUUUUGUAUUGUAUCUUUAUCUUAUCAACACCAAAGUUCGAAAACCGUCAAUGAAGUACUUAAGUAUACGAUUGACAGGACAGCAUUUAUAUGUAACAUUUCAUGGAGUCGAUUGUAUUUAUUCUAUUGGUCUUCUAUGUGUUAUUGUGUCGUCUUUAAGUUUCCAAGUCGUAAAUUUAUGUUUUGUUGCUUCAUAAUCCGCCCUAUUGUCUGUAGGGUAACGUAACGUACCUUGGGACGCUUGUACCUCGGGACAAUGAUUUUAUUUUUAAAACUGGCAAAUUUAACAAAGUAUCAUUCUACCCUAUGCGUAGUGUUUUACUCGCUUGGCCAAACUAGUGAGUCUCGUGAUCAUACCGGGAUCGAGUGUGAGGUGAAGACAACAUUAAGUUUUUUGGAGACAAAAUUUACUUUUGUAUAGUUUUUUGAGUUGCUUUAUCUCAUUGAGGCAUGCUCAAAAUUGAGACAUGGAUAUCACGUAUAUAUUUUCAGUUAUUUCAUUUUUAUGAUACGGCAAUUAUCUGAAAGAUUCCUAACAUAAAAAUAAAGAUACUGAUUUUUUUGUUAAAAAUUGCUUUUUUGUACCUUAGGACACGAUUAAAUUUGUACCUUGGGACACUAUUUCCUAUGGUUUUGUACUAUGGAGACUGCUUACUUCUAAAUUACGUCUGUUCUUAUAAGUGGCAGAGUGAAACUGGAAUGAAGAGAGUUGCAGUCAGUCUGGAACGUUUGAAACAAGCAGUAGAUAAAGUAAAAACAGGAGAAAAUAUUCCUAUUUAUUUUAUAUAAAGUGAAUGUUCCUUUUUGUAACGUAAGAUUCAUACAUAAUCGCAAAAUAUAAUUUCGUUAUAAAGUAAUGAUAAUAUGAUGUCAAUGUAGUUAUAAAAUUUCGAUGAUUACAGGACUUUUUGCUAAAAAUAUUAUAAAUCAAUUUGUAGCAAAGUACACUUAAGAGUGUCCCAAGGUACAAACUUGUAACGUACCUUGGGUCAAAACAAGCAUUUUUACUUUUAUCUUAAUUUCAAAAAAUCUGGCCACUCCAAAGCUCCACCACAAAUACUAGUGAUAAUAGAUUAUAUAUCCUACCGAAUAAAGUAAAUUUCACAUUAAUAUCUUAGUUGUACGCUGCAAUAUCUUCAUUCAAAGUUGGGGUAGUCGAAAGUGUCCCUAGGUACGUUACGUUACCCUACAUUUAGUUCUGUUAGCACAAAGUUUUUGAAAGUAAAAUACGCAAAGACAAAGUUUAAUAAUUAAGCGUUGUACGAGUAUAAUUAAUGAUUAUUACAGUUACAAAAGACUUAGUAUUAUUUUAAUUGUGAUAUUAUUUUUAGAACUUUAUCAUUAUUUUAUAUCACAAUACACGUCACCACAAAAAAACACAAUUUAUUAUUAAUUAUGUACAUUUUAUAUUUUAUAAAUGUUGUUGAAUGUUCAUCACAAUCUAGUUUGCUAAACCGAUGUUUAGUUUAAGUUUUAUGAUAAUACUUAACUGACAUUUUGCAUGAGUAUAGAAUAUUUUUGUAUGUAAUAAAGUUUUAUAAUUGGA